AUGGCCCAUUCGGGGUCUUCAUCCGCCGGCAGCUUCUCCGUGAAGCUGCUGGCCUCGUACGCCUUUGACUGGAUCGUGCUGGUCGUCAUUACCGUCGUCGCCGGCUUCCUGGGACGCAUUGAGCCGAACAAGCGGCCGUUUGCCCUCGACGACCCCAACAUCUCGUUCCCCUUUACCGAGAAAGAAACCGUGCCGACCUGGCUCCUCGUCAUCCUCUGCGCCCUGGUCCCCGUUAUCGUCAUCUUCCUCGUGUCCAUGAUCCUCAUCCCCGGCAGCACCGUGCCCAAAAACACAGGCUACGCCCUCAUCUGGAAACGCAAGGUGUGGGAGCUGCAUGUCGGCUGGCUGGGGCUCCUCAUGGCCGUUGGCUCCGCCUUCUUCUUCAUCAGCGGUAUCAAGAACAUGUGCGGCAAGCCGCGGCCCGACCUGCUCUCGCGAUGCGAGCCCGACAUCGCCAACGCCGCCAAGUACAUUGUCGGCGGCUUCGGCCAGGAGGCGGCCAGCAGCAGGCUCUACUCGGGCGACAUCUGCAAGCAGGCCGACAGCAAGAAGCUCGACGACGGCUUCCGCAGCUACCCCAGCGGCCACGCGGCCGCGUCCGCCGCCGGCCUCAUCUACCUUUCGCUGUUCCUGGCGAGCAAGUUCUCCGUCACCCUGCCGUUUGUCGUGCCCUCUGCCGCGCCGCUCGACGACUCCAUGCACAGCGCCUUCCCGUCGCGCACCGUGCCCUUGGCCAGCAGCGACUCGUUUGAGCAGUCUCGCCUGCGCGGCGAUGCCGCCGGCAAGCUGAGGACCCUGAACCGCAACGCCCAGUACAACACGCGCCUGCAGUCGAUGCGGCGCCAGGCCGCCGCGCCCCCCAUCUACCUCCUCGCCAUCACCCUCGUCCCCUUUUGCUUGGCCAUCUUCAUCGCCGCCUCGCGCUGGUUCGACUUUCGCCACCACGGCUUCGACAUCCUCUUCGGCUUCCUCAUCGGCACCAUCACGGCUAUAUACAGCUUCCGCUACUACCACCUGCCCAUCAUGGCCGGCGCAGGCUGGGCCUGGGGCCCUCGCAGCGACGAUCGCGCCUUCUGGGCUGGCGUCGGCCGCCUGGGCUUCGCGGGCGACAAUCUUGACGACUACCCGCAGCGCUUGGAGCCCGCCGACCUCGGCGAGUCGGGCGACGUCGAUGUACACGGCGCGCGGGGGCCCUCUGCUGCCACUGGUGCUGUGCACCGUGGCGAGCGGCCCGUUGGCCCGGCAGACUAUCAGUUUCAAGAUGUUGAGCUCAAUAGGAUGAAUCAAGGGGGCCAGCCGCCUUAUGGACAGGCUGCGUAG